AAAUGGAAUCAAUGUUUUCUGGGCAAGUCUCUCUCGGAAAACAGAGUAGAAUUUGGAUUUUUUAUUACACUUUCAACUCUGUCAUCAAACCUUCGAUCCAAAGAAACAUACUUCCUUCCAAUGUCUCUGCUGAUCAUACCUCCUGAUCAAAAGAAUUAGACUAUAAGACAAAGCAUCAAAUCUCCAUAUUUGAAAAAAAAACUGCCCCUUGAUUGAUUGAUUCUUUGAUCUUUUGUAUGUUUGGUAUACCAUACCAACACAAAGAUGGCUAUCUCUCCAAGUUUCACUAGAGCUUUGACAUUAGCCUUCAACGAGUGGCUACUCAUCCUCAUGCUCUUCAUCAACUCCAUCUUCGCCUACGUGAUCACAAGGUUCGCAGAUUACUCCCAGCUCCAAUCUCCAUGCCUGAUGUGCUCAAGCCUCGAUCACAUCCUCGAGAAGAGGAGGAGGACAACAACGAAACACUCGAAGAGAUCUCACUGGGACACGGUCUGCUCCAAACACAAAACAGAAAUCUCUUCUUUGGUUUACUGUCACGCUCACGGCAAGCUCGUCGACGUCAGAGGAAUGUGCGAGGCUUGUCUCUUCUCGUUCGCUACGACCAAUAAGUCAAACGCCGAGACUUACAGAUUGUUGGUUGGGAAGUUGGGUGAAGAAGACUCUCCCUCUGGAGGAGGAGGAGGAUCAAAGAGUGAUCCGAGGUGCUGCACUUGUUGUAAUCAGCUGUGGAUGAUGCCACAACAAACCGGUUCUACUAGUGAUCAUCAGGAGGAAGUGGUGUUGGUGGCUAAACCGGCGACUCUACCGAAGAUUCGUGUGGUUGGUAAUCUGAGAACCGGGAAACAACAGUCUAAUACACCUAAGAAGAGUGUUAGUUUCAAUCAUUUGCCUGAUGUGGGUUACACCGAGCUCAAGGUUCAUUCGGAUACCGAGUCAGAAGCUGUGUUUUCGGAAGAUGAAGGUGUUAAAGAAAAGGAUGAUCAUAAUUUUCAAAACGUGGAGCUGAAGACUCCUCCUCCUCCUCGAGUUAUCACCUUGCCUUAUGAUAUGGCUACCGAUAAGCUGCUAGACCUUGACUUCCCUUUGCAACAAGAGAUCGGUUUCAGUUCCUUUUUUCCUGAGUUUAUUUCAGCUAAUAAUGACUUGCCUGCUGAAACGUCAGAGAAGGUGGUGUUGAAAGAGAAAGAGAUCAUCAGUUCAUUAGAUAGUCUUUUCUUUACAUCUAGCACCACCAUGGAACGUUCUGAUUCUACAGCUGUUCUGAAGGAGAAGGAAGAUUUGAUUGACUUUCAAGAUGUUUCUUUAACACAAGAUGCCUUAAUGGAGGAGAAAGAGGUUGUUCCGGUUAAUGUUGUGCCUGAAGAAGCAUCAAAGAAGGUGUUGAAGGAAGAAGAAGAGAUCAUUUCAUUAGAUAGUCUUUUCUUAUCAAUACGCUCCAUGGAGCCUGUUGCAGCUGUUUCUAAGGAGACAGAGUUUAUUAGCCUCAGAGAUAUUAUUUCAACAUCAUCAGUUGCAGCUGAAGCUGAAGCUCUCUUUAUGGGAGAGGCUGGGAGGGAUCUGGCUCACCUCCUUGAUUUUUCAUUAACACUAGAUUCUAAGGAAAGUCCUGCAGAUGCCGCCUCAGUGGAGGAGGAGGAGGAGGCUGAGCAGCUUAUUUGCCUCAAUGAUGAUGUUACUUCAACAUCAUCAUCAGAUGCUUCUGAAACUCCUGAAGAUGAUGUCUUAAAUGGAAAUGAACUAACGCCUCUCCAUGCUACAUCUCCAGACGAGGCUCCUGAAUUAUUCACCACUGCAAAUGAAACCCCUGUUGAGACGUCCAAGGAGAUGGACACAAACCAAGAUGAUGCAGCCUCUCUAGAAUCUGAUUAUGCAGUUGUAUCACCUUCAAAAUCUGCUUCUUUCAACUCAAUGUCAGUGGCAGCAGAUACAAACGUUGGUGGUGGUUCAGGUGAGUUGCUGGAUCUUUCUGAUACAUACAAUUCCAUCCCACACAACGAGGGAAGUAACGAUGGAGGAGAAGCACACAUAGAGCAAUGGAUGAAGAAAGAUACCUCUAGAGUCAGCGAAGACCUCAAAACAUUACUCACUCAUAUCUCAGCUUCUCGUGGGAUAGAGCUUCUGUCGCCUAGAGGUAUAAGCCCCAAGCUAUCUAGCAGCGAUCAGGAGACAAAGGACUUAGAUCUCGACAUGCAGCUGCUGAUCCAGAAGAGGAUGCUGGAGAGGAACGAGAGCAACUUACCCUUGGAAGAAGUCUCCGUGAGUGAGAUAGAAGGAGAAAGCGAGAGUGAUCGGUUGAAAAGACAGGUUGAUUACGACAGGAAGCUGCUUGCUGGUCUGUAUAAGGAGCUGGAGGAAGAGAGAAGCGCUUCGGCUGUUGCUACGAACCAAGCGAUGGCUAUGAUCACGAGGCUGCAGGAAGAGAAGGCGUUGUUUCAGAUGGAAGCUUUGCAGAACCUCAGGAUGAUGGAGGAGCAAGCGGAGUACGAUAUGGAAGCGAUACAGAGACUGAACGAUUUGCUUGCUGAGAAAGAAAAGCUUGUUCAAGAUUUGGAAGCUGAGAUUGAGUACUUCAGAGACGAGACCCCACAACAGCAGAAGAAGAAGCUAGAUGGUGCAGAGAAUAGUGAGACGGUGAGCAGCAAGAUACAGAACUGUUUAACUGGGUUCAACGAAGAGAGAUUAUACAUCACAAGUUGUUUGGAGAAGCUUGAGAGAAAUGGUGAGGCUCAUGGUGAUAAUAACGUAGCAACGCAAGAAUCUGUUUCUGAGCUAGGUGAGAGAGUGGAGAAGCUGAAGGGAGACUUGUAUUUUCUAGAACAUGUUGUGAAUUCUCUAGGGCAUGGGGAUGAAAGUGUAGAGUUUGUUAAGGAGAUAGCUUCUCAUUUGCAAACCUUGAGGAGUCUCAGCAUGAAAAGACGUAAUGAUGCAGAGAGUUGAUACUGAUGUCUACCUGUAAAACAAACAAACCUUCACAUAGAUAACUUUGUGGAGAAGAUAUUGCAGAGGAAUACUAAAAGAAGACAAAGAGUGGUGAGGAAAGCUUUAAGGAAUCUGUACAGCAUCUCUUAAGAUGGCCUUUUUCCUCUUUCUUAUACAAUAAAAAUUUCAGUAUUUUUACAAAAUUUUAAGGAAUGAUUCAUACUUUUUGGGUUUGGGGUUGUUCAUAAUUUUCUUGUGGGUUUGAUUUGCAUUUUCUAUGAUUUUUUCUUGUACUGAAGUUCUCAUUUAAUAUUCUUUAAAUAGAUUUUAUACUUUUGUUUAGCAUU